UUCCCCGGGAAACCUAAAGAAAAUAUUGUCGUUCAUGUUCCGCUUGUUGUUAAUACAUAAACAUGACUAGUGAGUACACAACUCACUUGUAGUUUAACUGUAGUGUGAAUGUUUAUAACUUUUUUUUUUUAAUCCCGACACAGGAAUACAGGCAAGCAGCUUGGUGAGAAGGCAACAACUGUUGGUGCAAUUAUUAGAAAAUGGAAGAAACUCAAGAUGACUGUCAGUCUCCCUCGGUCUGGGGCUCCAUGCAAGAUCUCGCCUCGUGGGGUAUCAAUGAUCAUGAGAAAGGUGAGGGAUCAGCCCAGAACUACACGGGAGGACCUGGUCAAUGACCUGAAGAGAGCUGGGACCACAGUCUCAAAGAUUACCAUUAGUAACACACUACGCCGUCAUGGAUUAAAGUCCUGCAGCGUGUGUGCAAGGUCCCCCUGCUCAAGCCAGCACACGUCCAGGCCCGUCUGAAGUUUGUCAAUGACCACCUGGAUGAUCCAGAGGAGGCAUGGGAGAAGGUCAUGUGGUCGGAUGAGACCAAAAUAGAGCUUUUUGGUAUAAACUCCACUUGCCGUGUUUGGAGGAGGAAGAAGGAUGAGUACAACUCCAAGAACACCAUCCCAACUGUGAAGCAUGGGGUUGGAAACAUCAUACUUUGGGGGAGCUUUUCUGCAAAGGGGACAGGACGACUGCACCGUAUUGAGGGGAGGAUGGAUGGGGCUAUGUAUCAUGAGAUUUUGGGCAGCAACCUUCUUCCCUCAGUUAGAGCAUUGAACAUGGGUCGUGGCUGGGUCUUCCAGCAUGACAAUGACCCGAAACACACAGCCAGGGCAACUAAGGAGUGGCUCCGUAAGAAGCAUUUCAAGGUCCUGGAGUGGCUUAGCCAGUCUCCAGACCUGAACCCAAGAGAAAAUCUUUGGAGGGAGCUGAAACUCCGUGUUGCCCAGCGACAGCCCUGAAACCUGAAAGAUCUGCAGAAGAUCUGUAUGGAGGAGUGGGCCAAAAUCCCUGCUGCAGUGUGCGCAAUCCUGGUCAAGAACUACAGGAAACGUCUGAUCUCUGUAAUUGUAAAGAAAGAUUCUGUCUCACAGUUGAAGUGGACCUACGAUAAAAAUUCCAGACCUCUCCAUUCUUUUGUUUUAUCUCCUCCAGUCUCUCUGCCAGUGAUGGAUCCCUUGAACAGUCUCUCCAACUUCGAGGCAGAGAUGGAGUCUGAUGGACAGGGCUCUUAUUCCCUCUUUCCAGCUUUGGACAAUAUCUCAAGUUUGGCAGGAGCACCUGAGUCUCUGGAAACUGAACCAUCAGGAGAAGUCGUCGACAAACCCAACCUCACAUGGCUUGAUGCUGCCCAGAUUGUUCUGGAAGAGGCGGGACGUCCGAUGCACAUCAAGGAGAUCAAGCAGAGGAUCAUCGAUCGGGGAUUGGUGCAGUCCAAUGCAAAGUCAAGCCUUGAGGCUGUGAUGUACCGUGAGACACAGAAAGGGAGCAGGCGCUUCAAGAGGAUUGAGAACAGAAAUGGAGUCUUUGCUCUUUUGACUGAUGAAGAGAGACAGCAGGCUCUGCAGGCCUUUUCUGCUCAAUCAGCCUUCUCGAGCUCAGGUCCCUCUCUGCCAUCUGGGUCCCCUCACGGCCACUCGGAGCACAGGCCAAAAGUCAGAAAGGCUCUCCGCAAGAGCCAGAACGAGAAGUACAGGCUUAAGUACCUCCGUCUCCGUAAGGCUGCUCGUGCCAUGAUCUUUGAGAACGCGGCACUAGGUGAUGAGGUUGCACGCUUGGAAGAGAAGUUCGUUCGGGCAAAAGAAGAGAGGAGGUUCUUGCUGAAGACGCUGUUGCAGUACCAGUCGUUGGCAGAAGGUGAGCUGCUCUCGACCCCCGUGAGCAGUGCUCACACUCCUACCACCUUCAGCUCCAGUGCAGCAGGGGGCGCUGUUGUACCCACAGGCCAGAGCCAGGGUUCUGGACUUUCAGGGCCUGAUGAUGGCUUUCUGAAGAAACCCAAGAAAGAACGAAAGGAACGAGGGAAGGAGAAUGGACGAGAAGAAGUGACCAAAAAGAUGUCGAAGAAGAGGAAAGUGGCCGAGGGUGGAGCGCGUAAACUGGUCCAGCCCAUUCCACUGGACUCCUCUGGCAGGCCUGUCUUUCCCAUCGUAUUGGGAGGGCUCACUGUCUACAGCCUGGGCGAGAUCAUUACAGAUAGAGCUCAUUUCCAUGAUGAAAGUGCCAUUUACCCCGUCGGCUUCUGCAGCACGCGAGUGUUUGCCAGUAUGAAGAACCCGGAGCAGCAGUGUCUCUAUACCUGUCAGAUUAAAGAUAGCAACCAGGGACCACAGUUUGAGAUCGUCCCGGAAGAUGACCCACAGAACGCCAUCGUGGGCUUGUCCGCUCUGAGCUGCCAUACAGAUCUGCUGAAAGCCAUCGCUGCUAAGAUAGGCAAGCCUUUGACCAGCAUCAUCUCCACUGGUGCCGACUUCUUUGGUUUCUCAGACCCGACCAUUCAGAACUUGAUUCAGAGCUGUCCUGGAGCUCGCAAGUGCAGCAAUUAUCAGUGGGUGCGCUUCGAGGUGUGUCGACCAGGAGACGGACAGGCAUCUCACACACUAUCUGAGGAUGACGCGUCGGUGAAUUUUGAAGCUUUUCAGCGUCUGCUGCAUUGCGAGGACGCCGGGAGCAAUCAAGGGCUGCCUACAGACCAGAACAGUACAGUGCGACCCACACAAACCAGCAUUUCAUCACAUCAACACUUACUGAGUUCAGCAUCUCUACAGACACCUGCACCUGGCUCUUUUUCCACCACCUGAUCUCACAUCCUGCUACAAAACCUUAUUUAUCAUGCUGAACCCAGUAGUAUAAAGUGGAUCGAACAAGUUUGGCUUGUUAAAGCUCUGCUGUCUGUAUAUGUAUAGUAUUAGUUUAGAAUUGCCAGCUUAUUGCUCACAGUGAUUUGUAUCGUACAGCAACAGGCGUGAACUUACAGU